AAUUUCUUCACAAACUUCUUUAUAUUUUCGAAAAAGUACAUUGUCAUCUAAUGGUAUUAAUCCUAACACCUGGAUUCCUAAUCUUUGAGAUGACUGUGGUCAGACCUGCUUUGAUUGAAAUCUACAAACCGGGCAUCGCUAAACAAUGUCUCCACAUUUUCCUUUGCAUGUUUUGUUUUAUCAAUGUGACUGGAAACAUGAUGAUGAGCAUUUACUUUGAUGGGAAUUUGAAAGACAAGAAACUGAAGCCCACAGAAGGUGGUGAUUAUUGUGAACUGUGUAAGACACAUCGACCACCUAAAGCCUGGCACUGUAAACGUUGUAAUGUGUGCAUUUUAAGAAGAGAUCAUCAUUGCUUCUUCUUCUCUAGAUGUAUUGGAUUGUACAAUCGGCGAUACUAUCUUUUAUACCUCGCUUAUAUUCAUAUCACAAUGAUUUACUCUACUUACUAUAAUUAUUACUUCGUUUCUUCUAAAUUUAAAGACCACGGAUUCUUCUUAGCAGUAUUACGUAUCUUGAAUCCUUUAUUAAGAUUUUUUAUUCCCGAGCCAAUGUCUACUAAAGAUUUGUAUGUGAUGUUAUUUCUAUUCAAUGUUGGUCUCAUUGCAUGGUCAGCUAUCUUGUUUCGAUUUCAUAUGAAGAAUACGUUGAGAGGUGUCACCGCGCAUGAAUAUAGAGAUCCUGCUAAGAAUCAUUGGAGAGAGAAUUUGGUUAGUGUUUUUGGAAGAAGAUGGUACUUAGCUAUUAUAUGGCCAUUUGUUGAUAGUCCUUCAUAAUGUGACAAUUAAGAAAUAUGAGUGUUA